UCACUGGGAAGGGGUUUGGGGAUGGGAGGAAGAGACAGGGCCCCCCGAGUGGCUCAAAGUGCGCCCCGCCCACGUCUAAAGUGCAAAGUAAACCACCAGGGGGACUAAUCACUCAUUUAUCGGCAAAUUUUAUUAGACAGCGGACGAUAAAAUAGAAAGAGCGUCACCCAGUUGGUUCGCCGGAUUCCCGAUUCCGAUUCCGAGGCCGAUUCUGAUUCCAGGGCCAACUACCUAACUACUACAGCCUGUAAAAAUAUACUACACAAUUAAACAAGGCGUAAUCUUAUCGUGGACUUCGGGUCUUUUCUCUGCUGAGGUGUUGUGGUGCCACCGGCGGCGGAAGUCUUGGGCAACAGUUGGCCGAAUCGAACUCAGCGAACCGGACGAGGGCGAUGGAGGAGUUGGAUCACAACAACAACAGCAACUACAGCGGUUGCCUGGAGGAGUUCAAGCUAUUCGCCCAGCUGGAUGAUGAUUUGCCGGGAGAGCUCUUCAGUCCCAGCCCGGAGCUGGAUCUCCUCGGGAUGGGCUUCAGUCUGAUCGAACCAUCCCCGGUCCGAGAAGAGGAGCAGCCUCCAGAGCCAGCCAAGAAGCGUUCCCGGGGAUCGGUGAGGGACCACACCUGCGACGUCUGCGGGCGGCGUUUUUCGGAGGCCUACAACCUUCGCAUCCAUAAGAUGACCCACACGGACGAGAAGCCCCACCGAUGCCAGGAGUGCGGCAAGGGCUUCCGGCAGCUGAACAAGCUCCGCAUCCACUCGGUCACCCACACCGAGGAUCGGCCCCACAAGUGCGACAUCUGCGGGAAGGGAUUCCGCUACGCCAACUACCUAUCCGUUCACCGGCGCCUCCACACCGGCGAGAAGCCGUAUCCCUGCCUGACAGACAACUGUGAUCUCACCUUCCACUCGGUCCACGCCCGCCGCAUCCACACGAAGCUCAGGCACCCGGAGGAUCGAGAGCAGGAGCAGACCUCCUCCCUCAGCUACACCUGCCCGGUGUGCGGCCGGGUGCUCACCGACCAAUGCUACUUGAGCACCCACCUGAAGCGGCAUUACAACCAGCGGGACUACGCCUGCCCGCAUCCGGAGUGCGGCAAGCGGUUCUUCAGCGCCUCGGAGCUGAAGCACCACCAGAUCGCCCACUCCCAGCUGCGGCCCUUCGGGUGUCCUGUGUGUGCGGCGCGAUUCCUGCGGAAGUCCAACUUCAAGCAGCAUCUCAGGGUGCACGAGGAGAGAUGAGUCGUCCAAAGCCACUGGCUACAUGAAUCUUGAAGAUACAAGUCGGAAGCAACCCGAGCCCCUCGGAAAUCGGACACUUGCCGAAUAGGCAGUUCCAGUCCCUCCCAGUCCCUACCAUCCCAUUUAGAAGGGGUGCUGUUUAAUAAUAUAAGUGUUUAUUUAAAUAUACGAUUUGUGUUUGUCUUUAUCUGCAUGCUUGCAUAUUAGAUAUAUGUA